AUGUCGAUGUCUAAAGGUUCCAAGAUGCUCCAGUUCAUCAAUUACCGUAUGCGUGUCACGAUCCAAGAUGGCCGCCAACUAGUCGGCAAGUUCAUGGCCUUCGAUCGCCACAUGAACCUUGUAAUCGGAGACUGUGAAGAGUUUCGUAAGCUUCCACCGGCGAAAGGUGCGAAGAAGAAUGAAGAACGCGAGGACCGCCGCACUCUUGGUCUCGUUCUCCUGAGGGGCGAAGAGGUAAUCUCCAUGACCGUCGAAGGCCCUCCUCCGCCUGAUGAGAAUCGCGCUAAAGCCGUUGGAGCUGCAGCGUUGGCCGGCCCUGGUCUCGGCCGUGCUGCUGGCCGUGGAAUUCCGACUGCUCCUUUGAUUCAAGCUCAACCGGGUUUAGCUGGACCGGUUCGGGGAAUUGGUGGCCCGGCUCCCGGUAUGAUGCAGCCGCAGAUUUCUCGACCGCCGGUUCCGAAUAUGUCUGCUCCGCCUAUGAAUUACCCUCAGGCUCCGGUGAUUCGACCCGGACAAAUGCCAUACCCUGGCCAGGGUCCUCCUCCUCAGAUGCCACGUGGACCGCCUCCUCAGAUGCCUCCUCAGUUUGCUCAACGGCCGCCUGGUCAGUAUCCAGUGCCUCCGCCAGGGCAGUACGGACAAAGGCCUAUGGCUCCACCGCCUCAGAUGAUGAGAGGUCCGCCACCACCAGGGGGAGCGCCACGACCUGAUGCCAGGUUUUGGACCUCCUCGUCCUGGGAUGCCGCCACCACCAAGCAACCAGCAACAACAACAGCAGUAGCAGCUGUAAUCGACAGGCAUGUGAAGUUGUUGAAAAGAGGUUUCAUGCUUAUAAACUGUAGCAACUGUGAUGGUUAUUAUGAUGGAGGUAGCCUUGAAUUUGGUGAGGUGAACACUACAUCAUUGCAAGAUCAUGUCCUUCAAAUCAGAUUUAGAAGUGAAGGUGGUUAUGAAUUUUGAACUUGAAGCUUCAUGCUCUUCUUCUACUUGUACUUUGUUUUUGACAAUCGGAUUGGUGGGUUUUGAAAAUUCUCUGAAACAAAAUUAUCAGCAGCAACUUGUAUUGUGUUAGGAUCAGAAAGAAAUCAACCAUGAAGAAGGUAGAGUAGAUAGGUAUCAUUAUCAUAUAUAUGAUUUCUCAAGCUCAUAACUCGAUCAAAUCGCUCAGCUCAUUCUACUGUGUUGAGAAAGAAAAACAAAGUACCUCUAAAUAUUAUAUAUCCAGUUCACAUACGCAUCACAAAAAACAAAUUGGAACAAAGGAAUCUGAAUCUUUUCUUCCUAGAAAUUCAAAACAAUACAAAACAUGUAAAAAUAGUAACAACGCCGUUUUCUACCUAUUAGAGUUUCAAUGAAUGCAAUCAUCCUCCAUGCCCCCAUGACCUGAUUAUUUUGAAAUCGAAAGACAAGUAACAGUGAGAGAAAGUAAUCAUCCUUCACGCUGCCAUCACCAAAUUCAAGAAUUUCUUACAAGUAAUGAUCAAUUUAAGGAGAACAUAUAAAGUCUUAG